GGAAAAGUCAUAAAACAGAAUAGCGCCAACAAAAGUGCGCACUGCCUGACACGACAUAGGCGGAGAUCGACGGACUGGUGGGGCCCGGCACCCGGCGAGAGACUCCGGCGGCGAGGAUGGGCCAGGAGGUGGUGGCGCACGUCUACGACGUCGCCAACGCCGGCUCCGACGCCACCGUGCUCCACAUCAACCGCUUCUUCAAGGACGCCAUCGGCCUCGGCGGCAUCUUCCACACCGCCAUCCAGGUCUACGGAGAUGAAGAAUGGUCAUUUGGUUACUGCGAACGGGGCACUGGGGUUUUCAGCUGCCCCCCAUGCAAAAACCCCAUGUACACUUUUCACGAGUCUAUAGUGCUGGGAAAGACGAACUGCUCUAUUUUCACAGUAAAUCAGAUACUGCAGGAACUGAGCUGGGAGUGGCUUGGAGGCUCAUAUGGACUUCUGUCAAGAAACUGCAAUCACUUCUGCAAUACCUUCUGCGAAAAGCUUGAUGUGCCAAAACUUCCAGGUUGGGUGAAUCGCUUUGCGAAUGCUGGUGAUGCUGCUCUAGAAGUUGCUGAAACUACAGCAGUGAAGCUGAAACAAGCGAAAAAGGAAAUCGUGACUGCAUGCAAAGCGGCAUCAACAUUUUUGACUGGCACGUCUUCAAGUACCCCAUCAAAUGUGGAAGAUACGGGCGGCUCAACAGGCAAUUCUCUUUUUGAGGGGACAUGGAUCAGAAGUAUCAUCGGUAUCAGUAUGAAGCCAUCAAGGAGCCUUGUCUGCUUAGAUGGUUCAGAUGAUGAAAAAUCUAGCGAUGAGAGUGAAUCAGAAUCAGAUGACAAUCAGCCUGAUAGUAGUGUUCACAAUGCUGACCAGCAAGAUGCAACACAGGAGCGUGACAUGAGAAGUGAGAAUGGACCACGCCAUCAUUCAUGAAGCUCACACCAUUAUGUGCAGAGAGAGGAACAAUGUCUACAUACUGCCAUUUUUCUGACAACACAGGGAGAAAUCUACAGCAAAACUAACUUUACAAUUUGUAACAUUCACUUCUGAUUGAGGACUGGAAGCUGUGAAAAGGCCCUGAAAAGCGAUGAGAAGCGCUGAAGCUAUGGAGUGCACCACAAGUUGUGCUAUCUUGUACUUGAUUUGUCCACGUCGCGGCAGUGGGCGGACUCUCCUUUGUCUUUCAGCCCUGUAAACUUUGAUGAGAUGACAGGCGCUUGCUUUGUCUUCCAUUUUGGUGAAGGAGAUAUUUUUUCUGCAGAACCAGAUGUUGAAUGAAGGAGAUAUUUGAGAGCUUUCUUGCGCUGUGCUUAAUCAUUGUUCCUGUGGUGUAUUUAUAGACCUUGAGGAGUUUAUCUGGAUGCAAGACAUGACAACUAAAUUCUUUUUUCUUUGUAGUAUCAUCUGUAUACCAUUAUUUUUUAUAAUUAUCCAGUGUCUCUGUAGUUAUGAGAAACCUUUACUGGUAUGUAUGUUUCAGUCAUGAUUGGGCUGUUUGUCUGUGUGUGUGAAUC